AAUUGUUUGUUUCUGUUGGUCAGAGGGAGCAAGCGCUCGGUGUUAAAUGAAUGGGGACAAGAGAUGUGAAUUGUUUUACUCUCAAUAAAAGGGCUCAAUUGAAAGGAGUGAUUACUAAAGUAGCGGUAAAAGUGAAAGUUGACCAACUGAAGGGGAUGUUUGUUUGGUGCGAAUCAGACCGGGUGGCGUGAGUGGUGAAACAGUAGAGCCGUUGUCUGUUCUUUUGAGUCUUUGCCCGACAAAGUGAUGUUAGGAUAUGUUAUCCUGUACGAGCUUUUGUGCCGAAAUCCAUUUCGUUGUUACAGGUGUCAAGCUUAUGGGCAUGUUGUAGGAGUGAGGUUCCUAGGUGUGAGAAUUAUGCAGAAGGACAUGAGGGAAAGGAAUGUGUAACAUUGGGGGAAAGUAGUGGUAUGUGUUAAUUGUAGAGGUGCCCAUGGGACUGGGGAUCAGAAAUGUCUACUGUGAGAAAGGCAGGUUGAGGUUUCCACGGUAGUGUAGAGGACACUGCCUCGUAUGCUGAGGCAGUGAAGAAGGUUUAGGAAGAUGGGGUCAAAGGGGAUGGAUCCUGAGAUGAGUAAUGUUGUUACUAGUAGAUCUGUACCAGUACAGAGGGAAAUACCAAUAUGUGAUAUGUUUCAGUAAGAUUGCAUUUUUAGCUUUUAUUGCAAGGGUUAUCAACUGUACUGGAGGGAUGGAACGUAAGUCGCAGAAAAGUAAGGUUGUGGUGGCACAGUGAGAUAUUUGGGUGUACCAGGCUUGACGUCAGAAGAGUUACAGGAUGUGGUGGUGUCCAGUCCUUUCAGACUGUUGGCCUGAGGUAGGACUAGAUUAAAUUCUCAAGCAAAGUUUAGUGGGGUUUUACUCCCUUCUAGUAGGUGGCGGUAAUGCAACAUUUAUUGGAUGCCAACCUCCGUUAAACCUCAAAGAAUACGUAUGUAUGUUAUUUACGAUGAGCAGUUCCCCACAUUUAGGGGAAUUAUGCGUUUUCAACAGGGGAUUAAGGGUGUAAUCAUUAGUCCAAACAAUUGCAAAACGAAACGAGAGUUUAUUGGAUCAAUUCAGGGUUAUUUAAUAAUCAACAUUUAACGUGAGAGAUGGCGCAUACGGAAAGACUGGAAAAUGCAAUGGGAGAGUGUUCAGGAAAACAGGGCUCGACUCUUGGCCUGAGAAGUCGACCAUGCUCCAGCGAAAGAGAUGGCCAGGUCCGCGUUGUUAAAGCCUCGCUUCAGAAGAGACUCGGACCUUACGAGCCCGUGUUGACCUACCUACAGUCCGUUCUGGUGUGGGAAAGGCCGUUUCAGAGUGUGCUACUCUUCACAGUGGUCAACGUUGUGUUCUGGUUCUUUGCCCUGACCUCGCUGCGCCUGCUUUUCCUGCUGUCCUCUGGCCUGGUUGUAUUCAUCUGCGUUGACAGCUGGAGGAACAAGAUCUGGCCUGAGAUCAGAGUUAAAAAACCUGAUGAGUCUGAAAAUGAAAGCUGGGGCCUGGUGCAGCCAGGGGUGCUCAGUGUUCCAGAGCUGUGUCACCACAUUGCUGAGGUCUGGGUCUCUGGGUUGGCCUUCACAUCCUGCCUGGUGCAGUUCAAACGCCACAACCCUGGCAAGUUCUGCCUCCUGACCUGUGCCCUCUUGACCUGUCUGGUCAUGGUUGGACGGUACAUUCCUGGACUGGUGCUCUCUUACUCUGCAGUGCUGGUUGUUCUGCUGUGCCCCCUGGCAGCGUACCACCGAGUGUGGCAGCGUGUGUGCAUGAAGCUGGAGCCGGCCCUGCAGUGGCUGGACUUCAGCGUUCGCGGGUAUAUGAUGUCAAAGCCCAUCGACAACCAGUUCCUCCGCAAGCCAAUUCGGGGUGCAGCAUCCGGUGACGCCAGUGACAGUGAGGAGGAGCUUGCUGCAUUCUGCCCGACGUUUGACGAUGCUAUAGUGGCCAAAGAACUUGCGAUGACGGACUCUGAGCACUCUGACGCUGAGGUCUCGUACACAGACAAUGGGACCUUUAAUCUGUCCCGUGGCCAGACUCCUCUCACAGAGGGCUCAGAAGAUUUUGAUAGACACAGUGACAAUGAGGAGUCGUUUGCACGAGACCUCAAUGACUUCCCCUCCAUCAACCCAGACGCCACCCUGAUGGACGACGACGACGACUCCUGCAUCGGGCUGCCCAGCCUGGGUCUUCGGUCUGGGCGGACUGGCCCCCGAACCACGGCCGAGCUGCUGGAUGUGGAAUCCCACCUGGACUCUGACCAGGACGACCUGGACGAGGAGCUCUCCUUCGGCGGCCUCCCCCCUGCUUCUGACUUCCUCGGAGGUGACCUGGCUGGAAUCAUCGCUAGCAACAUGAUUCAGGCGGCAUUGGCUGGUGCCAUGCAGCCUCGUCCCCCUGCCGCCCGCAGAGAGAGGGUGGGGCCCACCAGAGCAGGGGCCCAUAGGGGCUACCGCAAGCAGUCUAGCUCGGAGCUGGACACGGACUUGGACGGAGAGGACUUUGAGAUGCUGGACCAGUCAGAGCUGAACCAGAUGGAUUCCUUUGGGGGUGCAGGAGGACGGGGAGGAGGGCAGGGUGGGGGACAGGGCUCCAGCUUCCUCUCCAACCUACUGGGGAAACCACAGUGAGGCGCCUCUACCUGUGCAUAACAAUCAAACUAAGUAUUUGUGUGUGAUUGAGUGAUUGGAAUGUUUAUGGAUUGUUCUGACUGCGUGUAUGUGUGAGUCAUUUAAUCGUAGGAUCCUGCAGCCAGGCUCCUGAUUGGCCUCAGUUGAUAUCACUGUGAAGUACUUCUGAUUUCUAUCUCACUUUUCAAUGUCUUCCUUUAGUCUGUAGCUUGUAUGUGUAAGCCACCAUCAUCCAGAAAGUCUUCUUUUGCAGGCUGAGCAAUAGGAAACGCAAUGUAAAAAAGAAAUCCAUCUGUUUUUGAAACAGCAUUACAGAACCACUUCUCUGUCCUGUCAUUCAGUAUGACCGAGUGAGUAAUACGUUUUUUUUUUUUUAAGUCGACCACUAGGUAGUAUACACAUUUCCUAAAAUGCUAGACACACAGGGCUAUUUAAUAUGGGACCAAGUAUGACAUUCCUGUUGAUUAGUGAAGUUUUACAACUGCAAUGACCUUGUUUUGAAUAGUUUUAGCAAUAUCUGACUGGUACUAUUUUAGUAAAUCCACUGCUUUAAUUUUAAGACACUCAUUCUCUAUUAGAAACAAAGUAAAUAUUAAUGGUGAUAUUUUUUUAGAUCAUUCUUGAUUGAGACAUUAAUUUGUUUCGAGUCUGAAAUCAUUGUUUUUAAAGAAAGGGGAUUGGCAUUUUAGUUAUGUGUUUUACUGUCUCUUCCCAAACCACUGGUCCUGUUUAUUUUUUUUGUUUGCUGUACUUCUGGGUAGAUCCGUGAACGUGGGGUUGCCUCCUGUGUUCUCCAUGUGUCUUGAAUGAGCAGUCAUGGGCUAUUUAGAUAUUUUUGUCUUUGUCAUCACAAUAAGUAACUUUAUCAAGUUAACCUGCUCCCUGUAUCCCUUCUCCCGCGGCAUUCCCAAUCCCUCCACCAUCUUCACUCUUUUUUGCCGAUCCUUCUCAGAGGAGAAUCUGUAGAAUAGACAUGCAUAUGUAAGAAGUACAGAAUAUAAACCUUUUAGUUUAACCUCUAAACUCAUGCAUGAACCACAUUUUGUAAACGUCUUAAGAAAAUCAUCAGGAAAACAUGUUUACAUUGAUGGGUGAACAAAAUGCUGGUAUACAAAACUCAACCCGAUUAGCCUUUUUUUAAAGUGUGACUAUGUAAUAUGCUUGUCUUUUAAAAACUAGGGUGCGGUAAAUGUUAGCUUUUUUUUUUUUUUUUUUUUUGUGCAGGUCAGCAUGAUUAACCUGCGAUGGGCAAACAAGCUCCUGCUGCUUUUGUCUUUUCAUGGACACAAUCUAAUAAAUCUAAUUCUUGGUCAAUGAAACUGAAAUGACCCACAGGUGGGUUUUGCUGACGUAGCUGGAUCAAACAAUCAGAAAGAGACAAUGCUGUUUUUUAAAAUAUAUAUAUAUGACAAAUUGCCCAAUAACGCUAUUUGUGUUGUAUAGAAAAUCAUGACUGUGGGAUUACCUACAAUAGACAUGGCCCAGAAAACAAUCUGUCUGAUCUGAAAAGGUUUGGGAUUUUAAUCAAAAAGAGUGAAUGUACAUGACUUGUUUUGGAAAACUUUAGUUUAAAUAGGGCUUGUUGCAGUAUUGGUUCAUGAAGACGGCCAGGCAAUUCUUCAUCCUUAGUAUUAUGUUCUAUAAAUGUGUUCAGUUUUUUUCUCUCUCUCUGACAUUGGUUUUGAUGUGCAAAUCUUAUUAAAUAUGAAGUCUGGA